AUGGACUCGCUGUGCAAGGACCACUUCCUGCAGCGGCAGUACCGGAAGGUCGAUGGCGGGGUCCUGUGGUCUCGCAACGAGCGCAACCUCGACUGCACGGUCACCUUCCAGACGCACAGCAUCCUGCAGCGGUUCAUGCUGCACUUCGACUUGCUGCAGCUCGACUGUAACGACCACUUGUACGUGUACGAUGGCGCCCACCCCACCGCACCGCCUCGGGCGGACUUCUCGUGCCGCAACACCAAGCAGCAGGUGGGGGCGAUGUUCACGCGCAGCAACUUCGUGACCCUCAAGUACGUCACCGACAACUGGGGCACCGACGCCAACGGUUUCAAGCUCAUCGUGACCGCCAUCAAAGACCCUAUUUCCUCAGAGCACGGCUGCAAGGAGUUUCGCUGCAAGCAGCGCGAGUUCUGCGUUAGCGCGGACCUCACCUGCGACGGCGUGGACCACUGCGCCGACGGCUCCGACGAGGACACCGCCGUACUCUGUCCCGAGAACGGUGGCGGAGGCGCCGGAGGUAUGUGGGUGGUGGUAAUGGCGGCCGGUGCAGGGCUAGCGGUAUUCGCCGCCGGCCUGGCGCUCUGCUGCUACUGCCGCCGGCGCGCACCCACCAGGCGCACACAUCUACAUUUGCAACAGGUGGCGAGUAGCAACGGCGCCGGGGCGGCCGGCAAGGCGGCGGGCGAGCCGCCGGCGCCGGGCGGCACGCGGCUGCCGGGAAACUGGCCGCUCCCUGCGGGCCCGCGCGGGUACAACGCGGCGCGCCCGGGCCGCCUGCGGGCGCGGGCGCAGCGC